CAUCGCGUGAUUGCAAAAACCGCUAAAAGUGUUACAAAAAUGUUAUAUUAUUACCAUAUUUUUUUAUUUACCAUUUUAAAUCUAACUUAUGGACAAGAAACCCCAUAUACUCUCGUGUCGAGGGUAGGUUGGCGAGCAAGACUGGCAACACAAACUCAACCAUUGAAACUUCCAGUUCAAAUAGUUGUUGUACACAACACUGCUACGAGUUCGUGUCUGGAUCAAGAAUCAUGUUCUUCUAUGAUGCGGAAGAUUCAGAAGCACCACAUGGAUGUUAAGGGGUGGUGGGAUAUUGGAUAUAGUUUUUGUAUCGGAGGCCAAGGGGACGUGUACGAGGGUCGAGGCUGGAAGUAUAUGGGUGCCCAUGCUCUGCGCUUCAACGAAUACAGCGUAGGAAUUGCUUUGAUUGGCAGUUGGACUGUCGAGCUACCUACUAAAGAACAAUUGGAUACUUUGAAGAUUAUAAUAGAUCAUGGCGUGAAACAGGGUCAUAUAGACCCAGAUUAUCUGCUAGUUGGACAUCGGGAUAUUAGAGACACACACUGUCCGGGAGACACGCUGCAAGCUGAGAUAUCUCAAUGGCCACAUUACUACCUGAACUAUAGAGGUAAUGGGACGAUACAAUUAUGA